AGUCCCGGCGUGCCCCGGGGCGGCGCGGGCGCAGGGGCGCGGGCGCGGCGGGUUGUCGUUGGCUGGAGCAGCGGCUGCGCGGGUCGCGCUGCUGUGAGGUCUGCGGGCGCUGGCAAAUCCGGCCCAGGAUGUAGAGCUGGCAGUUUCUGACGGCGCGUCUGACGCGGAGUUGGGUGGGGUAGAGAGUAGGGGGCGGUAGUCGGGGGUGGUGGGAGAAGGAGGAGGCGGCGAAUCAUUUAUAAAUGGCGCCGAAGCAGGACCCAAAGCCUAAAUUCCAGGAGGGUGAGCGAGUGCUGUGCUUUCAUGGGCCUCUUCUUUAUGAAGCAAAGUGUGUAAAGGUUGCCAUAAAGGACAAACAAGUGAAAUACUUUAUACAUUACAGUGGUUGGAAUAAAAAUUGGGAUGAGUGGGUUCCAGAGAGCAGAGUACUCAAAUACGUGGACACCAAUUUGCAGAAACAGCGAGAACUUCAAAAAGCCAAUCAGGAGCAGUAUGCAGAGGGGAAGAUGAGAGGGGCUGCCCCAGGAAAGAAGACAUCUGGUCUGCAACAGAAAAAUGUUGAAGUGAAAACAAAAAAGAACAAACAGAAAACACCUGGAAAUGGAGAUGGUGGCAGUACCAGUGAGACCCCUCAGCCUCCUCGGAAGAAAAGGGCCCGGGUAGAUCCUACUGUUGAAAAUGAGGAAACAUUCAUGAACAGAGUUGAAGUUAAAGUAAAGAUUCCUGAAGAGCUAAAACCUUGGCUUGUUGAUGACUGGGACUUAAUUACCAGGCAAAAACAGCUCUUUUAUCUUCCUGCCAAGAAGAAUGUGGAUUCCAUUCUUGAGGAUUAUGCAAAUUACAAGAAAUCUCGUGGAAACACAGAUAAUAAGGAGUAUGCGGUUAAUGAAGUUGUGGCAGGGAUAAAAGAAUACUUCAAUGUAAUGUUGGGCACCCAGCUACUCUACAAAUUUGAGAGACCACAGUAUGCCGAAAUUCUUGCAGAUCAUCCCGAUGCACCCAUGUCCCAGGUGUAUGGAGCGCCACAUCUCCUCAGAUUAUUUGUACGAAUUGGAGCAAUGUUGGCCUAUACACCUCUGGAUGAGAAGAGCCUUGCUUUAUUACUCAAUUAUCUUCACGAUUUCCUAAAGUACCUGGCAAAGAAUUCUGCAACUUUGUUUAGUGCCAGCGAUUACGAAGUGGCUCCUCCUGAGUACCAUCGGAAAGCUGUGUGAGAGGCACUCUCACUCGGCGGUUAUGUUUGGAUCUCCGUAAACACAUUUUUGUUCUUAGUCUAUCUCUUGUACAAACGAUGUGCUUUGAAGAUGUUAGUGUAUAACAAUUGAUGUUUGUUUUCUGUUUGAUUUUUAAACAGAGAAAAUAAAAGGGGUAAUAGCUCCUUUUUUCUUUUCUUUUCUUUUCUUUUUUUUUUUUUCCAUUUCAAAUUUGCUGCCAGUGUUUUCCAUGAUGGACAACAGAGGGAUAUGCUGUAGAGUGUUUUAUUGCCUAGUUGACAAAGCUGCUUUUGAAUGCUGGUGGUUCUAUUCCUUUGACACUACGCACUUUUAUAAUACGUGUUAAUGCUAUAUGACAAAAUGCUCUGAUUCCUAGUGCCAAAGGUUCAAUUCAGUGUAUAUAACUGAACACACUCAUCCAUUUGUGCUCCUUUUUUUUUUUUUUUUAAAUGGUGCUUAAAGUAAAGAGCCCAUCCUUUGCAAGUCAUCCAUGUUGUUACUAAGGCAUUUUAUCUUUGCUCAAAUUGUUGAAGAAUGGUGGCUUGUUUCAUGGUUUUUGUAUUUGUGUCUAAUGCACGUUUUAACAUGAUAGACGCAAUGCAUUGUGUAGCUAGUUUUCUGGAAAAGUCAAUCUUUUAGGAAUUGUUUUUCAGAUCUUCAAUAAAUUUUUUCUUUAAAUUUCAAAAAA